AUGUGGCCGGCCGGCGCGGGCACCAAGCUGCCCUGUCCCCGGGACUCUGCGCUCCGGCGGGCGGCUUUCUCCGGGAACCUCACGGCCCUGCCUUCUCACCUCGUGCCCGCCGGCCGCAGCGUCCGGGUCUUCAUCAGCGCCAACCCCGAAGACACAGGAGCAGAAAGGCAGGCGCUAAGAGAAAACGUGUAUCCUAAACUGAGGGAAUUCUGCAGAGAAAACUAUGGACUGGAAUUUCAGGUCAUUGACCUGUACUGGGGAGUUGAUGAAGAUGACUGGGACAGCCCGGAGCUCCAGAAGGCCCGCAUGAAGCUGCUGGAGGAUUGCUUGAAAACUUCUGCAGGUCCAUGUUUUGUUGGACUAUUAGGUGAAAAAUAUGGGAACAUCCGAAUCCCCGGAGAAGUGGAAGCCUCAGAGUUCGAAAUGAUUCUGGAUGCUGCCAUCGAGGACAAGCUGGAGACCAAGCUGCUGGAAGAGUGGUACUGUCGGGAUGAGAACGCCGUGCCCGCGGCUUAUUACCUCAGACCCAGAUCAGAAAUGCUGAGAAGCAAUAAGAACACGAUGCAGCCUUCUGCCAAUGCUGAAAACGAGAAGACGUGGCAAGAGAUAUCAGAUGAGAUCAAGAAGAUAUUUAAGGCUGCUGUGAAACUAUUACAUGAAAAGGGAAAAAUGAAAUACAGCCAAGCAAAGAGAUACCUGUUCUCAGCUAUAGAGGAUGAGUUUGACUUUGCUCUAGGAAAGCAAACACCAGCAUUCCUGAAGAAGUGUGUUUGCUACAUCAGGAAAAUUGCUAACAUCGAGCGCUUCGUGAAAAUCCCAGAGAUGGGGAAGUACAUGGAUAUCACUGGAACAGAACCAAGGAUUAUUCGGGACCCAGAAGCCCAAGAGAAGCUGAUAAAACUCAGGGAUGAAUUUAUUCCUACUAUUGUCGCAUCAUCUAAUCUGAGAGUGUACACGUCUGUUACUCAUUGUGACAUGAAACUAGGCUAUUCCCAAGAAAUAGAAAAUCAUUACAUCGAAGGACUUGGCAAACAAUUUUAUGAAGAUAUGAUUGAUAUCAUUCAGGCAACGGUACAGCAGAAUUUUGACACUGAAACUGAUACGCUCUACGAUGAAAUCCUUCAACAUUCGUCAUUGUGUAAAACAUAUGCCUCCUUCUAUGAGUACAAAUGUGAAUCUCUAAACAUAGUGCAUAAAUAUAUCCUUCCAAGCAAAACCGGGCACAUCAACCCUCUUAUUGUAUAUGGUGGACCGUGCACCGGGAAGACCCUUCUGUUAGCAGAAGUAGCAAAGAAGGCUUAUGGCUGGUUACAUGAAGACACGGGACCAGAAUCUGACCCAGUAAUAGUCGUGAGAUUUCUAGGAACAACAGACAUGAGUACUGACCUGAGGACUCUCCUUCUGAGUGUUUGUGAACAAUUGGCGAUUAACUAUCGGUGUCUGGUUCAAAGCUACCCUAAGAAGAUUCACGACCUCCGUGACUUAUUUAUAAACCUUCUGAAUGAGUCUUCAUUGCAGAGACCUCUAGUCAUCAUAUUCGAUGCCCUAGAGCAGCUGUCAGAGAACGAGGAAGCCAGGAAGCUCUGGUGGCUCCCAGCUCACCUUCCCCGCUUUGUACGAAUAGUUCUGUCCACACUGCCCAACAAACACGGGAUCCUGCAGAAACUAAGGUGCCUUAUCCAUGAGGAAGACAACUACAUUGAGCUGAUUCCCCGGGACAGAAAGAUGUGCAGCCAGGUCCUCAAGCAUCAGCUGCUUCGAGUCAAAAGAAAGGUCACUUCAGGCCAGCAGAUUUAUGUGAACAACGCAUUCUCCAAGUGCACGCUGCCAAUGUUUGUGAACCUUACCUUCAGGGAGGUGAGACACUGGAGAUCUCACAAAGAUGUCGAUGAAUCCUCCCUCUGCGUCACUGUUCAUGAAAGUAUAGAGCAGUUGUUCUGGUCCUUGGAGAAGAAGUGUGGUCAGAAGCUGGUCUCCAGGGCUCUUGGGUACAUCACCAUGGCCAAAAUGGGUUUGAGUGAAAUGGAGCUGGAAGAUGUGUUAGCCCUGGACAACAGUGUAAUGAACGAGCUCAGUGAGAACACCAGGCCCAGCAACCCCCUGAGAGUCCCUUAUUUGUACAUCGCGAGACUCAAGGAGGGUCUCAGUGGAUACUUAAUAGAAAGACAUGUGAAGAAUGUCACGCUCCUGGUCUGGGCCAACAGACACCUGCAGCUCAUAGCCCAAAAGCUCUAUCUGCAAGACGACAGUCACCUGCGUGAAAUGCACACCAUCUUGGCAGACUAUUUUCUGGGCGUCUGGUCAGGGGGCAGGAGGAAAGCUUUCUGCCUUGAAGACUCCUACUUGAAUGGCUGCCUGGACUUGGAGAGCAGAAGCCUCCUGGAGGAAGAAAAGCACUUCAUGGAACAAGCUUCCUUUGACAGGCAGGCCCCAGACCAACCCUGGGUCUUCCAGUGUAAUCCAUUGGAGCCCGAUAUCUUUUUUGUCAAUCAUCGGAAAAUGUCUGAGCUGCUGUACCACCUGACGAGGUGUGGGAAAACCGACGACCUGCUCUACGGCAUCAUCAUGAACUUCAGCUGGCUUUACACCAUGAUCAAAAUUGGCCAGUUCGACAAAGUGCUUUCAGACAUCGAGCUGGCUUACAACUACUCUCAAGAGAAAGAGCUGAAGUUCCUGGCCAGCACCCUCCGUGGCAUCAGAAACAAGGUCAUUGCGUUUCCUGGCUCCCUUUCUGCAGAGCUCCAACAAAGACUGCUGCCUGUUAUAAGUUCUCUGCCCAAACUGAGACACCUUCUUUUAGAAUGUGACAAAGAUGGGCCAAAAUACUGCUCCAUUGUACCACUGCAUUCAUCCAUGGAUGUCACGUACAGCCCCGAGCGCCUUCCCUUGUCAUCCAGUCACCUGCAUGUCACGGAGAUUCUGCCUACUUGUAACCCCAGUACCGUCCUCACGGCUUUAGAAAACGGUUCCAUCAGCACGUGGGACGUAGAGACUCGCCAGCUGCUCAGGCAAAUCACCACAGCCCAGUCUGUCAUCCUGGGCAUGAAACUCACUGGAGAUGAAAAGUACCUGGUGGUGGCUACGACAAAUAACACCCUGCUGAUCUAUGACAACGUGAAUUCUUGUCUUUUGUCAGAAGUGGAAAUCAAAGGGACCAAGCUUGCAAGCAGCCCCACCUACAUCAAUGGCUUCACACUGUCCGUCAAGCACGCCCUUGCCUGGCUGGAGGCCAGCAAAGAUGUCACAGUCAUCGACCUGCUUUAUGGCUGGCCGCUUUACCAGUUCCACUGCUGGUACGAAGUGACAUGUGUCCAGUGCUCUCUGGAUGGUUUGUAUGCUUUCUGUGGACAGUACCUAAACACGACCACCAUAUUCCAUUUAGGAAGUGGAGAAAAGUUAUGUACAGUGGCAUCAGAAUUCUCAGGUGGGUUUGUGAAGUUUCUUCUUAUCCUGGACACAGCUCAAGAAAUGGUUAUGGUAGAUAGCGAGGGAAGUCUUUCUGUUUGGAACACUGAGGACAUUGCCAGCCCCCAGCUGACUGAUGACUUUGACUGCCGGAGAGAAGACAGUGACGUGGUUAGCAUUGAACUUUCAGAGGACCAAAGUGCAAUUCUGAUCUGUAAAGCUCUCAGCAUCGAGCUCUUAGACACAGGCAUGUGGAAAGUGGCUGAGAAGUUCAGGGCCAAGCACAAUGAACGCUUUAUAUCUGCCGUGCUAUCCAAAAACGGAGACUGUAUCAUUGCGACCAUGGAAAAUACCUCAGCUGUGUUUUUUUGGAGGCGAGACACGGGGCAGUGUAUGGCUAGCCUACAGGAAAUCUCAGGUUCCAUAGUUAAGUUGGUGAAAUCUAGUCACCACAAUAUGCUACUGUCUUUAUCAACCAGUGGUGUCCUCUCCAUCUGGGACAUAGAUAUAAUCACAGCCAUGUCCAACAUAGAUAAGACUGGAAAACCCAUCCAGAGUCUGGUAUUGCCUGCCAGAGGGGAAAUCAUUUACUCCCUAGAUGGCUCCGAUUGUGUUCAUAAGUGGAACUUCAGCAGCGGGUUCAUCGAAGCAGUAUUCAAGCACGAAGGCAUAGUGGAACACUGUGUCUUAACAUCUGCCGGGGACAUAAUGGUGACAUCGGAUGACAAAAGCAGCCAGUAUGUCUGGCACACUGGCAGCGGGGAAAACCUCUUUAGAAUUAACGGGCAGAGAAUAUCUCAGCUGCUGAUUACACACAAUGACCAGUUUGUGGUCUCUCUCUGUGAGGAAAAUGCCUCCAGGGUUUGGAGACUGGCCACAGGCCACAGGGUCUGCAACAUUCUGACCACUCUACAGAAUGCCUUCAUCACGUCUGCAAACACCUUUGUCGUGGGCAUGACGAAAAGCAAAGUGUUGGCAGUCAGUCUCUGGACCGGAAGUAUCACCAAGAAGUUUUGCUGUGAAGACGGGACCACCAUUGUGAAUUUUAAAUUAAUCCCCGACUGUCCCGACAUCGUUGUGUUCAUCACGUCAGCGGAGACCGUGAACCUGUGGAGUCUGACGGAUGAAGUGAUCUGUCGGCGCGUGCAACUUCCCAGCAACUUCUUGAAAAACCUGGAGGAUUUUGAAAUUUCUCCCAAUGGAAAGCUGGGCAUUAUAUCCAGGGGAGAUGAAAACAUCAACGUGCUGGAUUUGCAUAGUGGUAAAUUACGGGUGGUUCACGCCUCUGGCACCAUCUGGCGGCAGAGGUUGUCUCGAGAUGGUCGCUACCUGGUGUACAUUUGUUUCCGAAAUGGGGAAGAAGAGGAUGAAAAUGGUGCCAUAUCCAGUUUAAUAGUGAUGAGACUGGCAGAUGGCAAAAAUAUCGGUGCUUGUUCCCUUUACAAAACACCAACCUUCCUUGCACUCUCUCAGAGGCACCUGCACAUUAUUGUGGGCUUUGACGAUGGGAGCAUAGGCAUCUAUACAGUAGUAGACCGCGUGGACGCUGCACUGAAAAUUAAAAUCGCCACCUCAAAUAGCAGACAGAUUUUCAACAAUGCAACACAGACAUCCAGGCCAAAGACUAACAGUUACUGUUUCAAAGUGUCUGUGGAUUGUUUAUGGAGAGAGUCCACUGAGGUCUUUGCCAGGGACAGCCCCAUCACAGUGACUGACUGCACAGAGAACAGUGAGGCCACGCCCUCCAAGAAAUACAACUCCUGUUACGACCGCGUGUGCUCAGCCCUAGAAUCCAGGGGCCACAGCUAUGCCCCUGAUAACUGACAAACUGUUUGUCCUGCUCAGCAGAAAUAUGUGACCCACAUACAGAAGGGAAAACAAAAAAAAGAUGUGUCCCAAAUAAUAAAAAUAUCCAUUUCUUAAAAGACAGGAAAGAUGAUGGAAUUUCAGAGUUUUAUUAAGAUGCUCAUGAAACAUACAAAAAUAUGGAAUUGAUUUGGGGUGUAGUCUUUUUGUCAAAGUGUCUCCAGAAAUGAAAGAAUAACAGUAUUUCUAGUAGCAUUUGAUCAGCAAGCUCACCUGGAAGAGAGAAGAUAAAAGUUUUUAAUUCGCAUUAUGGUAAGAAGCAGUAUGAUUCGUCCCAUUUGGUUCAGAUGAAAGAGGCUGGAAUUAUAUACCAUAUCGACCAUUUGGACUGGAAUUAGUUCUACAGGAUCUGCUGAAAUCAUGAAGACAACAAGCUGUUUGGCUUCCGAUGAUUGUGUGAUGUGUCAACAUAGCCUUAAUCUCUCUUUCCAUUUUACAAUCCCAACAACUGUGCCAUCUAGUCUGCAGAAGAAAGGUCUAAAGGUGCAAAAUAACGUAACAAAAAUGCCCAGAUGCAUUCCCAGUUUCCUAAGAAACACGACAUGAAAUAUGAGAUGAUGAACUAGAUUGGGACAGGAAGUCACCACCACUGUCAUAGGGCUACUGAUCACGGAGGGUCAGUCUUUGUUAAAAUACAGUUGCAACAACUGCAUGCAAAGGUUUCUGCAUAACAGAAUAUAUGAUUUUUAAACUAUUCAUUUCCUGGGUUGCAAAAGGACACAUUUACUAAGAAGCCACAAUCUUUUCACAUCUUUUUGAAAUGCAUAUUUGUGCUGGGUGUAAAAAGUGACAGAAAGGGCAUUACGAAUCUGCUCAAAACACCUGUUCACUUCUAUCAUUGUACCAACAAAAGUCUGUACUACUCAGUCAGUUGUAUGGAAAAUUAUUUUCUAAAUCCCUGCAGUUAAUCUUAAUAGAAAGCAAGCUUUCUCAACAUGCCAUCUCUGAGAUGCUGGUGACAUUUGCCUUACUCUUAUUCCUCCUCUUUCCUGUGUAAAAUGCAGAUAGAUGACCAAAUACUCUGGGACAAACUGACUAUGCCUGUCUUUGUGCUAAAAUAGUCUAUAAAUCUUAAGGGUGUUCAAAGGUUCUUUACUGUCCCUGUUUGUAAUCAAUUUCUUACUUCUCCACACCGUAUGUACAUUCUUUAUCUGUCACUCCCGGACUGAGGACUCCUCUGAGCCUUUUAUAGUAUUAAUCCGUUUCAAAGCAGAAGCUGUGAAAUGGUAUUUCAAUAUUUUUUAAAAACUACUUCACCUAUUUAAAAGAAAAUAUUACAUCUGGAAAGGUGAAAGCGAGUGUCCUUCCUUCCAUACCUUCCACGUGGCAUGUCCUUGGACAGCUUUUCAGAAGGUGUCACGGGGGAUGGUUUGGUUUUCUUUGAAAGUGGCAGUACUGGCUUUAGUAGUCAGAAUAACACAUGCAGAACUGACUUGCACUCAGUCGUUCAGUCCAGCUCCGCCAUGAGCUCGCCAUGCAUCCCUAGACAGAUCUUCAACCUCCCCCGUGUAUCCUUUUCAUCAAUUUCAGAAUAUAGGUAGUAGUAGCUACUGCUAUAGCCCUCCUAGGGAAAUUGGACAGCAAUGUGAGAAAAAAAUACUAUGACAUCUUGAUUAUUGAUGCUUAUGGUUAAAAUAAAGUGAUCUAAACCACAGAGAAUCCAAGUCAAUUGUAUUUCACUUUGGAAAGCAGUUUAACACGUAAGCCUACAAAGAUGUGAUUCAGUUAUAAACACCCCACUUUGGGGUGAAAAACAUUUUGCAGUAUGGUUCCUCCUGGUCCAGCUACCAGUCAGGGAAGCGAUAGCUCAGAGUCGGCCACCCACAAACAGAUCACGUGAAGUUGAUGGUGCCGGGUCAGAGCUUUAGAGAUCUUUAGGCGGCAUAUUCUUACUCCUCUCAUUAUCAAGUCAACCUCUAUGCCACACAUUUCUAAUAAUUAAAUGCCUAGAUGGACUAAACGUAGUGUGUGAAUGUUCUAUGUAGAAGCCAAUAGAGUGUAACAGUGACUUGAAUGAUUUUUUUCCUAACUUGUUUGCAACUGGUAGCUCAUAUUGAAUGUUUUUAUGUAAACUUUGUAUUGUUGGGAAGAAUUACCCAAUCAGAGAUUUAUAUUUUCAUAAAUGUUACAUUUAGUUAAAUUUUGUUACGGAGUUGUUACACUAGAAAAUUAUUUCAGUCUUCAAACAAUAUACAGUCUUGUGUAUGUAUUGUUUGUAUGAAUAAAAGAGAAGCCACUUAGA